UUCAGUCAGCUGUGAAAAGAGGUAAACCACCUGCAGCAUCAACAAACACGAAACGGCCUGCAGCCAAACAGGCCACGCCCACAAAGACCUCCUCACCUGAGGAGGCGGAGCUCAGCGAGGAGGAGAUGCCGAAGAAGAGGAGGAGAAGGAAGAUAAGCGAUGAUGAAGAGGAAGAAGCAGCUCAGCCUAAAACAGAUGUUCCUUCCCAGCAGCCCUCAGUUCGGCCGCAGACUGCACCAAAGAGGUCUGAGGUGAGCGACGAGUCUGACGGCGUCACCGUGGAGGAGGACGAGGAGGGACGAGGAGGAGAGACGUCUAAAGUUAAUACUACAAAUAAUGGACGCCAACAGAAAAAACGAGCAGAGUCUGCGAGCAGCUCCGCGUCCAAACCUCGGCUCAGAACGCCGUGUCCGUACGGGAAGGAAUGCUACAG